AGGAGUCUGUUCGAUUUAUAAGCUUCCUACUGCCCUUCCCACCACUUUUCAGGAGUUUCUGAUUGGUUACGUCAUCGGUCUAUACACACCUGUUGCUAAUAAUCAAUCUGCCUUGAUUACCCGGAUAUAGGCUAUGUGGACGAAGUCAUUCAUAUAAGACAUGAAGAGUGAAGCCAUCGUCAACAAUAUGAGACCGGGGAGCCCAGGAGGACUGUGGGACUCCCUGAAAAAAGCAGCCUUCGUCGUGGGUUCAGGCCUCUUCUUCCUCGCCGCGUUCGGGAACUCGCUGACAUGGCAUCUGCAGAGGUUCUGGGGCGCUUCCGGAGACUUCUGGCAGGAUCUGUGGACGAAGCUGCACCAGAGAUUCGAAGGACACGAAACAGCCCUCUUCUACAUGGGGACCAUGCUGGUUCCCAUGGUGGUGUUCUGGGGUUCCAAUCUGCUGUUCCUAUUGGUCGACAUCACAGGGAAACCCUCCUUCAUCACACGCUACAAGAUCCAGGUUGACAAGAACACUCCGGUGGACCCGGUGAAGCUGCGUCAGGCCAUAAAGUCGGUUCUGUUCAACCAGAUCUUCAUCUCGGGCCCCAUGGUGGUGGGGGUCCGCUACGUGCAGACCCGGCUGGGCGACCCCUGCGGGCCCGUCCUGCCCACCUUCCAGCGCGGUCUGAUGGAGGUGGCCGUCUGCGCCCUGGUGGAGGAGUUUCUGUUCUACUACUCCCACAGGCUGUUCCACCACCCAGCCCUCUACAAGCACUUCCACAAGCAGCACCAUGAGUGGACAGCUCCCAUCGGCGUGGUCUCCAUCUACGCACACCCUAUGGAACAUGUGUUCUCCAACAUGAUGCCGGCAGUGGUGGGGUCCAUGCUCCUCGGCUCCCACAUCUCCACCACCACCCUGUGGUACUCGCUGGCCUUCCUCAGCACCAACAUCUCCCACAGCGGAUACCACCUCCCUCUGCUGCCCUCGCCCGAGUUCCACGACUUCCACCACCUCAAGUUCAAUCAGAACUUUGGCGUGCUGGGGGUUCUUGACCGUCUCCAUGGCACCGACAGCAAGUUCCGGAAGACCAAGCAGUGCGAGCGCCACGUCCUGCUCCUGGGAACCACGCCCCUGAACGAGAGCAUCCCCGACACUCCGAAGAAGACCCAGUGACGACCACUGACCCCCAGCCGGGCUACCUUGGCCUGACCAGGGGUGCGGAGCACCGUUAGAAUUCUUAACCAAACAAAAGUGUAAUUAUUGAUUUCUUGCUGUGGGAUCGUCUCUGAUCGAGUUUUGUGGGGAUGGGUGAAAGCACCUGCUUCUUCAUAUCGCUGUGGCCAAUCCCUGUCAGGUCAGAUCAGUGAUUUCUCCUAGACAGAGGGGAGGGGAGAGAGUGAUGAAUUUCAGAUAGUCCUGAGGGUGAAGAGCUUUCUUCUCAAGCCAGGCUGAGAGUCCUCCCUUCAGCCGGCGGCCAUUUUUUAAAUUGUUAUCUCUGAGCAGAGUUCCCAGCGUCACCAACUGGAAAAGACUCCCUCUGAUGUCUUUACUUACAUUCGAAAAAAACUGACCUUUUGUUUUUAACAAUAGUUAAUUCCAGUGAUAGCACUUACUUACAUUCUGAUCCAGCGCAGGGUUUCCACAAUGCGCCUGUCUGGAGCUCAGCGACAAGAAACAAACCUUAAAGAAACCACUACUCUAUUUGAUUUGCUGGGUGAAAUACUGCACUUUUUAUUAUUAAUGGACCCUUUUGAAAACCUAAUGUAUUACUUUUAGAGGCCUUCUUCCUCCAUAACAAACACAAUGCAAUCGUCACCUUAUUAGACAGUUGUCCAGAUGUAAUUUAAUGGACAAUCAUGGACAAACUGUUGAAUUUGCCUUUGAAGUCUUUGGCGCCUCGGAAUAGAGCUGUUAAAGACGGUAAGCUGUACAUUUCUGUUUAAUAUUUAACCGUGUUGCAGAAAUAAAUAAGUCUAUUAAAGAAAAGUCUACUUAUCGUCACUUUAUUUCGGGAAGGAGUUCUUAGAAAUCCUUCAGCAAACUUUCUUACUUUUUGUAAGUAUGAUUAGAAGGCAGCUGUUGUAUAACUUUGCAAUAUCAGGAACAAAAGGUACAUUGUCCUUUGGCAUUUAGUAGUGUCAUAAGGGCAAUUACACUGACUUGUACAAAGUAAAUUUGCAGGAAACCUCUGUGGCUCAGUGGGUAAGCAUGUGUACACUCGAGUCUACUGCCAAACACAGUACCCCUGGUUCAAAUCUCACUCAAAUCAAUUUAACUGAUAUCAGUUAAGUAAUAUAUAUGUUAUUUCCAAGUAUUUAAAGGGGGAUCCCUGUGGUGUAGUGGGUUGAAAACAAGGCCCUAAACCACAACGUCAUGGGUACAAAUCCAGCACAAAGCGUAGUGCUGAAAACAUCCGUGGGCCAGAUCCCUGUAACCGCAGCGCACUCCCCGACUGUCCAGAUCCCCUCUCCCAACUGUCUUUCCAGGUGCCCAACUGUCCCAGAGGGGAUCAGGGAGUCUAAAAAUAAAUUUACUUUUUAUCAGUUUUAUUGAUAAGUCGAGUUUUAUUUAUAAGUCCAAGAGCAAAAAUUGAGCUGUAAGAAGAUCCUUCAGCCAGAUUUGAACACAAUACCCCUCUCACCACAGCCCACAUCCUUAACCACUGAGCCACCAGGGAUCACAAGUAUCUCCACUCAACAUUUAAAUUUGACAUUGAACUAUCUAGUUGUAACAGCUUGCAGCGUUAGGGUAUCAGAUAAUCAGAAGAAAGCAGGGCUCACUGGUUAGCUCACUGGGUUAGUGUGCAUGCUCUGAUAGCUGGGACAGUACCACAACAGCCUGGGUUCAAAUCCGGCCUUCACCCUGUUCUGUAUGUCUUUCUCCCUCUCCAUUCUUUUCCUGUCACACUUCAAUCAACUGUCCAAUACAGCAUGUCAAACACAAUCCACAACUCAAUAAACUGAGGGAAAUAACCACACAGCAACAUCUUUUAAGGUUUUUUUUGUCCGUUUUGUGAAUUUUUUUCUUUAUUAAGGAAAAGCAUAAUUACUACAAAUUACAAAUAACACUAAUAGCGAAUCACAUCAGCCUACAAAGCAGAUAUUAUGAAUAUUAAAUGUUAUAAUACAUCUCAUUCAAGUAUUUUACAUUUUUCCAUUUUUAUAUAUUUUUUUGUUCCUUUUUCUUAAUUUUCAUCUUUUUUUUCUCUCAUGACAAGCCUAGGGUAUUAAGAUGAACUAUUAACAUUUUAAUGGUUCAUAAACAGCUAUUAUAUGGCUUUAUGGAUUUGUAUGUCCUUUUUUUUCAGUCUCCAGACACCAUAGCCGUUUAGAUCCUCUGAAUAUUGACAUCAGAAACCCCCAGUUUGGGCUAUGUCCAACUGUCAUCUCUCAUCCCCCUCUUCUUCCUUCAGCAUCAGGCCCAGUCCUUGUGAAACUGCAGUCCACCAGGCAUACCGCCCCCUAGUGUUCAGUGGUGUCUCUGCAGCUCUACAGUGUCUGUACCUAGUUGUCUGGUGCCCCGACCACGCCCUCACCCACCCAACCUCACCCCUAGCGCUUUUCCAGGAUGAGUAGGGGGAGGUGGGGGGAGGAGGGGAGCAGAGAUGACAGUCACUGAGGAGGGGAGAGAGGAGGAGAGAGGGAGGGAGGGGCCGUACACAUAGCUGACUGGAAGAUUCUUCUCCUCCCCCAACCCAACCCAGGACCAUAACCACAUACAAUGUCUCAACGUUCAUUCACUAGCACGGGGUAACAACUGAAGUUUGUUUUUGUUCUUUUUUCACCCCAAGUCUUUUAUUCCUUGAGAAAACAACUGAGGAAUUGUCAUCAUCAAAUAAUAGAAGCAUCUUCAAUUGAACCUGCAGAUCCCUCGAGUUGAGCCCAGAAGAC